CUUGAAUGAGGCGAGCGCAGAAGCCCGUCAGACAGACGGAUACAAAGUAGCACAAGCUGUCUGGUAAUAAACAUCGGGGAUACUGGAGUACAGAGGGCAGGCAGCGGCCCGGGGUUGGGGGGGACGAAGGCAACUGAGACCCGUGAUAGACCCCUGACUACCACCCGCAGAAGCGUACCGAAGGAGGAAAGAAAAAAAACAUCGUUGCAUAUGUUUUAUUAUAUUGCAGUCUCAGCGAGAAAAAUACCAGGGAAGCUGGAGCGAUCGUUGAGCCGUUUCCUCAUAAAUUUCCACAUUUAAAUGUUAAACUUCAUGGGUCUAAUGAACGGUACUUCGGCCAUCCAGACCAAUGUAUCCUGUACAUGUAACUGCAAACGCUCGACUUCAUUCCAAAGUAUGGAGAUCACCCAGCUGGAGUUUGUGCAGAUCCUGGUGAUCGUUGUGGUGAUGAUGGUGAUGGUGGUGGUUAUCACCUGCUUGCUGAACCACUACAGGCUGUCGGCCCGAUCCUUCAUCUCCAGACACAGCCAGGCCCGCAGACGGCACCUCCCACUGGCCUCUGAUGGGAGUCUGUGGGCCUCUGAUGGACCUGGGCCCUCCAGUGGAAUGAGUGAACAGCAAGUAUACACCCCGCGGCCUCCCGAAAGAGUGCCCUCCUACCUGCAGAGGGAGCGCCUGGCCCGUUUCCAGCCCACCUACCCCUACCUGCCCCAUGCCAUCAUCGACCUGCCGCCCACCAUCUCGCUUUCGGACGGAGAGGAGCCUCCCCCUUACCAGGGGCCCUGCACCCUGCAGCUGAGGGACCCCGAGCAGCAGCUCGAGCUGAACCGCGAGUCGGUGCGGGCGCCGCCCAACCGCACGGUGUUCGACAGCCACCUGAUCGACACCUCCCUCUGCCCGCCGAGCCUCAACUCCGGGGUGAGCGCCGCCGCAGCCACCACCGCCGCAUCCUCCUACCCCGGCCAGCCCCGGGUGGAGGGGGCGCCCCCCACCUACAGCGAGGUCAUCGGCCACUACUACCACCCCUCGCUGCCCCGGCACCAGACUUCCACGGCCGGCUCCGGCCCCUCCCCCCCUCCCCAGCUAAUGCAUGGGGUCCUACAGCAGCCCCCGCACAUCAGCAGCCUGGAGAGCCGAAACGCCCGCAACAAGGAGAAGCAGCAGCCGCAGCAGGUUUGACCCCCGCCCCCCCCUCGCAACAGUGCCACUUCUCAGCACUUCGUUUGGAACUGUCAGGGCGGAGAGGGAGGGAGGGUCAGCACACAGCAGAAUGACUGCACCUCCCGUCUGAAGCCCGGCCCCAACUUUGUAUAAAUAUUUACUUGUUAUUUGUCGUCUCAGUGCUCACAGCUUUUUUUUCUAUACUGACAAAUUCUAAAACAAACAAAAAAAGAUUGAAUUCCUUUUUUUUCACAUUUAAUUUUUGUAUCCCUGUGCAUUUGGGCUUCACCGCAAGCUCCAUAUUUCUACUCACUUGUCUCUUUAAACGCUUAUCCUUGAUUUGAAAUGCUCGGAAAAAAAAAAACAAGUCUUUAGAACGAACACGUCUUCCUUUUGAAACGCAGAUGAAUUUUUCGGACCCCUUUGCUUUGUGUGCUGACGGUGCGCAGGCUUUUGGGGGGAUGGAGGGGGAGCGGAUACGCUGGUCCCCUCGCCUGGUCCCUUACGCCCAUGCUGGCCUGUGUCACAGCCAGCCCGGUGUCACUCCACUGCGGUGCCGUGUGACGGACACCCCCACGUGCUCGAUCCCGCAGCACCGGGGAGAUGUUAUUACAUGGUAAUAAGCAGGGACACUUGACAAUAUACGAGGGAUAGCCGGCCUGGGUCGGUAAGGCCUAAGCUAUGUGCGGAGCUCCGACCGCUGGAGCCAAGGGGUCCCCUAGCCAAACCCCUGCACUGUCUAGGCCAGGUGAAGUGGAGCCAUUCCCACACGGUGGCUCGGUUACGUCUUUAAGUCGCGUUCAACUUUUUCGAGAAACAUUUGCACAAAUUUUUUGGAAAAAGACUGUUUGGAGAAAAAAAAUCUGCAAUAUGUAUCAUAAGAGAUGAGUGAGAGGGCAGGGGUAUUUUUGUAAAAGAAUGGAUUAUAAAGAGAAAAAAAGUGUCUGUUCUUGUUUUGUCUAACUAGAAAAAAAAGAGAAAUGGCAGUUUG